AUGGUUGCAACUAUCCGCCAAUACAAGGCUGCCUGUGUUCAGGCUGAACCAGGCUGGUUUAACUUGGAGAAGUGUAUUCAAAAGACUGUAAAAUUCAUUCUUGAAGCUGGAGAAAAGGGAUGUAAACUCAUUGCUUUCCCUGAAGUUUGGAUUCCUGGAUACACGUACUGGGGAUGGCGUGUGAAUUAUCAAGAUUCUCUGCCACUUCUCAAGGACUAUUUCAAGAACAGUCUUCGUCCGGAUUCCGAAGAGAUGAGCCGCAUUAGAGCUGCUGCUCGCAAGGCCCAGAUUUAUGUCUCUUUGGGCUACUCUGAGGUUGAGGGCCACAGCCUUUACAUUGCCCAGAUCAUCAUUGACCCCAAUGGCAACGUUAUUAACCACCGCCGCAAGAUUAAGCCCACACACGUUGAGAAGCUUGUUUUUGGUGAGGGCACUGGCGAUUCCUUGAACACCGUUGUUGAGACUGAAAUUGGGAACCUGGGUCACCUCAACUGCUGGGAAAAUAUGAACCCAUUCCUCAAGGCGAACGCUGCUGCUCAAUACGAGGAAGUUCAUGUCGCCGCUUGGCCUGUCUACCCCCCUGCGUCUUCUCUGAAGUAUCCCGACCCGUACACGAACAUCUCGGAAGCCCAGUCUGAGCUCGUGACUCCUGCUUACGCCUAUGAAACUGGCACAUGGACGCUCGCCCCCAGCCAGGUCGUCACCAGAGAAGGUGCUCGUCUCAAUCUGCCUAAGCGUCUCCAGAAUGACGAAGCAGCCGUUGAUGCAGAGGCUGCCGUCAUCGGCAAUGGAUUCGCACGCAUCUACCGACCGGACGGUUUCCGCGCCGUGGAAGAUCCUCCCAAGGAUUUUGAGGGAAUCUUUAUCGUCGAUAUCGAUCUCGAUGAGACUAUUCUAACCAAGCGUCUCGCUGAUUUUGGUGGACACUACAUGCGACCUGAUCUAAUUCGCCUUCUAGUCGAUAAGACACCAAAGACAUACCUUGUCGAUGCCAAUAAACCCAACCCCAAAGAGUUCCCAAGCUCCAUACAGCGCCUUGGACUGGACAAGCCUCUUCCGGAAGAAGAGUAA